AUGGAUAUUCCAAAGCAACCCGACACUCCUGUCAAUGGUUCACAGAGCCCCUCAGAAACAAGAACCACCAGCCUCAACUCUUCGGUGGGACGCUCUCAAGAGUUGGCUAAUUUAGAUUUAUACCUACCUCAACCAGUCUACCAGCGUCCUCUCUCCUAUGGCCAGCCAUCGCCAACCAAUUGUAUUCACUGUGGAAGCUUGACUCCUCGAUAUGGAUCCACAACUGUGUACGGAACUCCCCUGAAACACACUCCUGCGACGAGCACUGAAAAGUUGCCCAAAUAUACCAAUCGCUACUCUGUGGCGACAAGUUCCAUCCGCGGUAUAUCCGAGAAGGACCCUAACGUCUCUGCUGAGCCGGUCUGCUUGGUUGAGAGAGUCCAUGGCAAGGACGACAUUGAUCACAUUCCCCUAUGGAAACGUCGCAUCAACAAGUGCACACCACUCUUCUCGCUCAUCGCCGUUUCAUCUUACUGGGUUUAUUUCGUCUUUAGGAUCAAGUUCACUCUUGCUGCACAGGCAGUAGCUCACAAGGUCUUUGUCAUGGCUUGGACUUUCAUUGCCGUGGAGAUGGGUGUAGCCUUUCCUAUGCUCUGCCAUCAGUUUUGGCAAUGCUUCCUCCUCAAGGGCCGACAGCGCGAGAAGCUCCGCAUCGUAGGAGAUACCACGCCGACAGUCGAUAUAUUUGUCACGUGCUGCAAAGAAGACGUGCAAAUCAUAACAGACACAGUGCGCGCAGCCGCUGCCAUUGACUGGCCCUCCAAUUGCUUUCGUGUCAUUGUUCUCGAUGAUGGUGCAGAUCCGGACUUAAAAGCCGCUACCGACGACCUUUCCUUGCUGUACCCCAACGUGUAUUAUACCGCUCGUCACAAGGUCAAAGGUGUUCCGCAUCACUUCAAGGCUGGAAACUUAAACCACGGUCUGCAUUUUGUCACUGAAUUGCCAGGAGGUGCCUCGACUUACAUUGCUGCUCUGGACGCUGACAUGAUUCCCGAGCCAGAGUGGCUUAGGGCAAUUCUGGCUCACUUGGUGAUCGAACCUCUGCUUGCUUUGGCUUGCCCACCUCAGCUCUUUUACAAUAUUCCUAAGAACGAUCCGCUCAUGCAGAGCCUAGACUCCUUCGUGCAUAUAUCUGAACCAGUGAAGGAUGCUGCAGGUGUUGCGUGGUGCACUGGCUCAGGCUACGCCAUUCGUCGAGUCGCUCUCGACGGCAUUGGAGGCUUCCCAACGGGUUCGUUGGCUGAAGAUGUCUGUUGCUCAAGUAUACUGCUUGGUGCAGGAUGGAAGACUGCCUACGUUCACGAACCUCUCCAAUACGGCACGGUUCCUGAGUCGUUCGGAGGGCAUAUAAAGCAGCGCACUCGAUGGACGAUUGGCACCAUUCAAACGUCGUUCAAAUUGAACUUCUGUCUCUGGGGACCGUUAGUCACACACAUGUCCCUCUUCCAACGUCUGUCUGGAUUCGUAUACACCGUUUCAUCGGUCUUUACCAUCUUCUUCACAGCAUCUCUGCUUACGAUGCCAAUCGUAUUGAUCUCUGGAGGGACAUUGAUAGCCUAUGCAACCAACGACCAGCUUCGAUUACUGGCGAGGCUAUGUUUUGUCGCAUUGGUUGCCAACCGACUGAACGAAUGGGUCAUGACUCUCCCUGCUGGGUAUCGGCUUGGCCAGCGUGAUGCAGGCGCCAUGAUGUGGAUGGCCCCAUAUCAUGCUAUUACGAUCGUCCGAUCCUUCUUCCUCCCGCGGUUCCUGGGUGGCAAGACCGCCGGGUUCUCCCCGUCUGGCUCCCAGCAGUCCGAACUGAACGAACGUGACCCGGUCCACCGUGCUGGUCUUUUCCGCCGCUUGCGAGUCAUAGUAUUCGGCUCGGGUGUAUUUUUGCAUGUAUUUUACAUUUUGUUCUGUGUCGCUGCAGUAACCGUCUCCACAGCACGGGGCAUCAUCAUCAACAAAGGCUCAGUCGAACAGACACUGAUAUUCAUGCUAACGCAUGCUUGCUGGCCGCCAUUACUGUGGUUAAUCGCGCUUAAUGCCUUCUGGGCACCAGUGCAUUAUGCAAUAUGGCCCCCGAAUAUGCCGGAUCGGGAGGAGCUUUUGCAGAGAGAUCCGAACACGGGUAUCGCGUAUCCGAAGGAGAGUUCGAAGAAGUUGAAGUGGGAGAAGAAGAACAUGCUACAUGAGCUGCAGUAUAUCCUUUUGACGGCGUAUACUACUGUGCUCUUUGUGGGGUCGUGGUUCUACUAG